AUGAAACGGAAUGGAAGCAUAGUUCUUACGCCAAAAAAGAAACAGAAGCGCAAGGAAGUGGAAACAGAGGAAGAGGAAGAUCGCCUAUCCCAAAGCGAAUCUGAGCAAACCGUACAAAGUGACGAUAAUACAGAUGAUAGUUUAGCAGAUUUAAGUGAAGAAGAACAGGCAACUGAUGAGGACACUGAGCAGGAUCCGGAUGAGGAAGAGAACGCCGAAGAGUCGGACAGCGCACCACAAGAAACAGACGAGGACAAUAAUGAUGCACAUAAAGAGGACAGUACGCAGAAUAACAGCGGUGAUGAAGAUGACACAGGAAACCGUACACCAUCCAAGAAACAAACUAUUAUCGGAGGCAAGGUACAUCGUGUAACACCUAUACUAAAGAAAACGAAGAGAAAGGCUGGCGUCGUCUAUAUUUGUUCCAUCCCAAAGCACAUGAAUGUGACUAUCCUCCGAACGUUGCUUGAACCGUUUGGCGAAAUCGGGCGCAUUUAUCUUCAAGCCUUUCGGAAAGAUGGCAAGGUACGGUUGAAAACUGCACAGGGUAAACGUGCUAUGGUACAGUACACCGAGGGUUGGAUAGAAUUCCUUGAUAAGCGUGUUGCAAAAGCCAUCGUUCCGAUGCUGAACAUGCGACCGAUCACCAACAAGAAAAAGUCUGUCUUUCGGGACAUGAUGUGGAACAUGAAGUAUUUGUCCGGAUUUCAGUGGGUUCACCUGAACGAACGGCUAACGUAUGAACGGGCAGUGGCCAAGGAUAAGAUGCGUGAACAGAUUCAACAGAUUCGAAAGGAAGUUUCGUACCACGAAACCAAGGUGCAUCAUAAAGAGAUUGCACUUAAGAAUGCCGCUAGAGAAAAAAAGGAAAAAAAGGCAAAGAAUAAUGUAAUAUAA